CGGCCACCUGCUGACAGCUCCAAUUUCUGACCCUAGACCCGCGCCGAAGUAUUUUUGGACGUUAUUCCCUUCAGAGUGGUGACGAGGACAUUCAAGGUUGAGCUGUUUUAGCUGGUGUCCUGGCGCAGAGGCUUUGGGAGUGAAGUCCAUUGGCCGCAAGGCUCGGUUCCUAGCCUGACGCAAUGUUCCGUCUCAUGAUAAGACAAGCGAAGAAGCACCCAAGCUUGAUUCCAUUGUUCACUUUCAUUUCACUUGGAAUUUCUGGUGCUGGACUUUACUUAUCACGCAUGGCAUUGUUCAGUCCUGAUGUCAGCUGGGAUAGAAAGAAUAACCCUGAGCCAUGGAACAAGUUGGGCUAUAAUCGCCAAUACAAGUUUAUUGCAGUCAACACCAAUUAUAAAUACCUUAAGAAGAAUCGCCCUGAUUUUUGAAUGGUUGAUUGAUAAAAUGCUUCUCUAUCUUCACAGAAUUUCUAUAAUCAUGCUAAAUCCAAGGAAUUAAAUUGCUAAAUGUACUAUGUACCCUAGUGUUUCAAAUGUAGACAUUUAUUGAUCUUGUGCUCUUGUUUUCAUAUAAGGCAAAAAUAAUAGGCUCCUUGGAAUCUACUUUAUACUAGCUUUGACUUUUACAAACAAAUUAAAUCAUAUUGAGAUCAAUUAUGUAUGAUUAAUGCACACAUGCUUUGUUAAACAAUCAUGUCAAUAAAACUUUUAAAGUUC